GCGCUUAAUGUCUUUGUUCCUUGUUUUGAUAAGGAUGUCUAUCUUUGUUCAGAUAUUCACCCACAAAGAUGAAAAUCCCUUCUUUUCUGUUACAGGAGUACAACAAUAGCUUUUGGUACCACUCUUCGCGAUGCGUACAGGCCUUAGCGAAUGGGCAAGGAAGUAUGGGGCCAGCACAGAAAUCCGCAGCAACCCUCCUGAGAGAAGAAGUGGCUUGACUCCCAUAUCUCGAAUAUGGCUAAGCCAGUUUCCUAUGAGUGAAGAAGACGAGCGCCUAGCAGAGGAGAACGAAUUGUUCCAAAGGCGACAUCUCUUUGAGUUUACUACACAGGAGCUCAAGGACCUGGAUGUCAUUAGUGAAAGGAAAUUCGGCCCUAGCACCAUUCAAGCGCACGUGGCUCCAUUCUGGUCACGGGAGAACUGGUAUGAUGGGAAGGUUUCGGCCAAUGGUGCGCUGCUGCGAACGUAUCCGCUGCCAGCACCAUAUUUCAACUCGAGAUGGGUGGGAACAGAUGAAGUGGUGUGGGCGCUCCUGCAGCCUAUCAUUACUCUGGCUUCGAAGAUACUGGUUGAGAGUCCCAGAGUCACUAACUUUCUCAACAAUUUGAUUGAAAGAAGCGAAGAGUUAAUUGACCCUGGGCGGAUUCCCAGGUGGGAUCCAAUGAGGCCGGACAGUGAGAGCUUCAACGAGUUGACCUUAGUAAAGCUAAAAGCCUUUAUCGGCCCUCAAGAAGAAUACCGCAUGGCGACCAAACGAGCCGCUCUAUUCAGGGAAUUGGCGAGAUGCCUGACAAUAGCUUUCAAAAUCGACUCCGAAGACACUAUCUCGGGUGAGGAACAGCCCGAGGACAAAGAUAUCAUCGAGGCUGCUACGGAGGGGGAUUAUGAGGAAGAGACAAAGCGGUUCCGGCAUGUUUUCACUUUCCUGGAUUGCGAAAUGCUUGUACCUCUACUUGGAACGCAUUUGAAUGAUGCAGAGAGAUUUGGGUUGAUACUGUGGGUUGCAAUGACUCUAGUUCACGAGAGUAUCCAUGCAAUGUGGCAUUUGAUAUACUCGAAGGAGAAGAAUAGAUACGCUCAUAUCGAGCCAUAUAUUGAAGAGGACCAACUAAUGGAAAUCGGUGCAGCAAUGGAGGUACGAGCCUUUGGAGGCUUCAUGAAGCCUAUGUGGAACCCGAGACCUGGCCCGGUAACCCCAAACUUGGGGUUUUGGGUAGAACCAGGCUUCCCAAAGACUUUUGACAUGCGCCGGAGGCAUCCAAGCUCCGCAGUUCUCAGGACGCCGAAAAUGCCCAGCCAAGUACUCGCAAUCCCUGUUCCAGUCAGUCUUUUUGAGGACAUACAUUCUGAGGAUUUCUGGAGCGCCAUUAUGCGGGCUUUUGGCGUCUCCUUAUUCAAAUUGAGGGUAGUGAACCAAGCAUCGGAAGCGACGCAGACCAGAAGGGGUGUUACUUCUGUAAGCAAAGUCACAGCAUUUGAACGGGUCACUCUUAGCAAAAUUUCUUCUGCAGCCGGAACUCGCUUUACUGGGCGGAAUGAUCUCAACAAAUGCUUUUGGAGAUUAGUCCGAGAUUUUAAUGCUAUGGAUCCUGCUAAAAGACAAACUAUGGAGGUUGCAUUUGCCAUAAAGCGGAGUCUGGAAGCAGUCGACCAGUAUUGGGACAGUUGUCAGCAGCUUUCUACACUGGGUAAAGCCUUUGCUUCCAACAACCAUCAUAUUUCCCAGCUUCUUGCUACGUUAACAGUCACUUCAACGGAUCGAGACAAAAACAGGUGGCUACAACUCCUUCGAGAUCAGGUCAAUAUCGUAGAACAGGCUGUUAGAGAACACGAGGGACAGGUUCAAGCCGCCGAGACAGUCGCAGCAUCUCGGUCAUUUCUAGACGAAGAACGACGCGGCGUGCUUCGGGCCUGGAACUAUGAUACACGAAUAUUCCUUCGGUCGGUAGGGAAAUAUCUCAGCGAUGACAUUGCAGCUCAAUCACGAAUCAAUACAUUAGAAAAUCGUCUUGAAACUACACGCGUUAGGAGCUGGCAUUAUCUUGAGCCAUCUGCGAUCAACUCAAACGACAAUCGCGAGCUACUAAAUCUUCGAGAGCUUUGGGACACGAGGGUAGAGCUCCGAAGCGAGGGGAGACGCAUCACUCCAGUCCUUGACAAGUGUUUGGAACUUCUGAACACUCUAGACCCAGCAUACUCGCUCUAUUAUUUUCUGGCUCUCAACAUAUUAUAUGCUCAUGGUGUGGCAUUUUCAAAUGAACGAGGAAGGUUCAGAGAGGCCCUCGCGAGCCUAGAAAUGGUAGACGAGCAUCUAAUAGGUUUGCUAAAUGCUGAUAGGCAGCCGCCUCAUUGGAAACCAGUUCUACAAGGCUGGUGCGAUGCGGCUAUAGAAGCUUUCGAGCAGAUGACAACGCAAGCGCCGAUUAUAGAAAUGGUUGUCCAGGAUCCACUGCUUAAGAUUGGAAAAUUUCCAUAA